CUCCACGCGUUCCAUUUCACCCUUUUUCUGCUUCCCCCAAAUCCCCCUCUCUCUCUCUCUAUCUAUAUAUACAUGCGCAUGAGAUACAAAUUUCUCUCUUUUUUUGUCUUCAAUUGCUUCAAUUGCUUCUGCCUCCUGCUUCAAGCUGUAGAAAAAAUCCACUCUUUAUUUGGGAAUUCAAUUUUCGAAAUCCCUAGCCCCAAUUUUUUCAAUUUUGUGAAAUCGAGCGAAGGGGGAUUUGAAAUUGAAGGGGAAAUUGGGGGGGAUUGAGGGUAUUUGGUGGGGAUUAUCGAUCGAUAAAUUGGGAUUGAAUUGAAAUUGGGGGACGAGGAUGGGAGGCGAGAUGGCGUACCUCACUGUGGGGGAGAAGGAGAGGUGUGACGAGGGGAAAGUAGCGGCGGCGGAGAGGAAGUAUUCGGCGCCGUCGGUGGGCGGUGGCGGGUUGGCGCCGCCGCCGAAGAAAGUGGUGGUGGUGGGGUAUGCGCUUACGUCUAAGAAAGUUAAGAGCUUUUUGCAGCCCAAGUUUGAACGCUUAGCGAGGAACAAGGGAAUCCUGUUUGUGGCUAUUGAUCAAAGCAAACCCCUUUCGGAACAAGGUCCUUUCGACAUUGUGUUGCAUAAGUUAUCUGGAAAAGAAUGGCGGCGAGUACUAGAGGAUUAUUGGCAUGAACAUCCUGAGGUCACAGUUCUGGAUCCUCCUCGAGCGAUACAGCAAGUACAUAAUCGUCAAUCCAUGCUACAAGAAGUUGCCGACCUGAAUCUGUCAGACCGUUAUGGAAAAGUCGGUGUUCCUAAACAGUUGGUUAUCAAGAAAGACCCGUCAUCAAUUCCCGGUGCGGUGAGCAAGGCAGGUCUGAGGCUACCAAUUGUGGCAAAGCCGUUGGUUGCAAAGUCACAUGAACUGUCUCUUGCCUAUGACGAGUUCUCCCUCCAGAAGCUCGAACCACCACUCGUUUUACAGGAAUUCAUUAACCAUGGAGGUGUGCUGUUCAAGGUUUAUAUUGUUGGUGAAGCAAUAAAAGUGGUUAGGCGUUAUUCCUUACCCGAUGUCAGCAAAUGUGAACUGUCAAAGAGUGCUGGUGUUUACCACUUCCCAAGAGUUUCUUGUGCUGCAGCAUCUGCCGAUGAAGCUGACUUGGAUCCUUGUGUUGCUGAGCUUCCUCCACGGCCAUUACUCGAGAGAUUGGCUAAAGAACUAAGACGACGGCUGGGUCUUCGGCUAUUCAACUUGGAUAUAAUCAGAGAGCAUGGAACUCGAGACAACUAUUAUGUGAUAGAUAUAAACUAUUUUCCAGGAUAUGGAAAAAUGCCAGAAUACGAGCACAUAUUUACGGAUUUCCUUCUGAGUCUAGUUGAAAGCAAGUAGACACAUCGUCUGCAGCAAGAGCCAUAUCAUCGACACACAUCACUAUGCUUUGGAGGGCGAGGAAAUCGAUAUCCUUAUGGUGAUAUUUGGCAGUGACUUUGUGGCGUUGUGAAGGCGAUGAUCGAUCAAUCGUCUGUGGUUCGUCGUGAUCUGCCAAGGCCUGUUGUGUUUCACCUGCUAAGCAGCUGGGUAGGGCGCUAAUCAGUUAGUAUUAAUUUUUGAUCUGAUCGAUGUGUGUUCAGUUUUGUAAAUUCUUGUUAGAUAGACUAUGUAUCUCUCUCGGAAUUUGCUGCCUAAUUCACAUUUUUUUCAUUUUUUGGGAA